AUGACGAACGAGAAAGUCCACGACACGGUCGGAGUGAACGGCGUCAACGGUGUCAACGGCACCGAUGGCGCUGGCUCCCAGUAUCGCUACUCGCACCAACCGCUUGCCAAGCCAAGGCCGAUUCGCAUCAUCGUCGCUGGCGCCGGGCUGUCCGGAAUUGCCGCCGUCAAGCUCUUCAAGGAAAGGUUCAACGGGCAGCCGACCGAGUUACAGAUAUACGAAAAGAAUGCGGAUGUCGGGGGAACGUGGCUCGAGAAUCGGUAUCCAGGCUGCUCUUGCGAUGUACCGGCACACGCGUACACGUUCUCGUGGGAGGGCAAUCCGCGCUGGUCGAAGGCUUAUGUCGGCGCUGAGGAACUCUUCGACUACUUCAAAGGCCGAGCAAAGGCAUACGGUGUCUUUGAUUUCGUGCAGCUGGAGCACCGCGUGAUCGGUGCCACGUGGAAUGGAAAGGCUGGACAAUGGGAAAUCGAAGUUGAAGACCUCAAGACGGGGAAAACGUUCGUCGACAAGGCAGAAGUCUUCAUAAACGCCUGUGGGUUCUUGAACAAAUGGAAGUGGCCAGAGAUUCCCGGGCUGCAAUCUUUCAAAGGGCACUUGGCACACUCGGCCAGGUGGGAUGAUUCGUAUUCCUUCCAAGGCAAGACCGUCGCAGUCAUAGGGUGCGGUUCCUCUGCUAUUCAGAUUGUGCCGAAGAUACAACCGAUCGCCAAAUCUCUGAUAUCUUUCAACCGUUCCAAAACUUGGAUCACUCCCGAGUUUGCGGCGCAAGUGGCAGCGGCCAGUAGGGAUGAGAAGUUCUCUGAGGAGCAAAAGGCUGCCUGGGAGAAGAAUCCGGAGGAGUUCCUGCAAUAUCGCAAGAAGAUAGAGGGAACCAUGAACCAGUUCUUCGACAUGCAGUACAAGGAUUCCGAAGCUCAGAGGGAGGCGUUUACGACGAACAGGGAGCAGAUGGAGGCGCGUCUGACGAAGCCCGGGCUGGCGGAGAAGCUGAUUCCUGACUUUGCUCUUGGAUGCCGCAGGAUCACGCCUGGUCACGGUUACCUUGAGGCACUCUCUGCGGAUAACGUCGAGGUCAGGACUGACCAGAUCUUGAAGAUCGUUCCGGAAGGAAUCCAAAUGCAAGAUGGCACCAUCUUUACCCUAGACUCAAUCAUCUGCGCCACCGGAUUCGAUACGUCCUUCUGUCCGGCCUUUCCAGUCAUCGGUCAACAGGGCAAAGACUUGGGCGACGUGUGGAAAGACGAACCUCGGUCGUAUCUGUCUGUGACCGCUAGUGGAUUUCCGAACUACUUCCUUGCGAGCGGCCCCAACUUUCCUCUUGCGAAUGGUGCCCUUGUUCCUUGCCUGGAGCAAUGCAUUUCGUACGCUUUGGCCGCUGCGCAGAAGAUCCAGCGAGAGGGCAUCAAAGGCCUGACACCGAAACCGGAAGCCGUGGAUGAUUUCCAGGAACACAAAGACGCCCUCAUGAAAGACCUCGUAUGGACUUCGGGGUGUCGAUCAUGGUACAAAAAUGGAAAGGUGGACGGGAAAGUGUGGGGUCCAUGGUGUGGAUCGUCGAUACAGUUCCUUGAACUAAUGUCGACUCCCCGAUGGGAGGAUUAUGAUAUCGAAUACUUGACAGGCAAUCGGUUCCAAUUUUUAGGAGCAGGAAAAACCGAAAGAGAGGAGAGCGGUGGAGAUCUCGCAUAUUACUUGCAGCAACCUGGAUGUACUUAG